AGUGUCCCAAGCAAAACAAACAACCAAAAACUAGCCCAACGAACCCGUCACUCCCUUAUCAUCCCCCCUCCCCUCAUCCCCGCUUCUCCCUCCCUCUCUCUCUCUCUCUCUCUCUCUCUCUCUCUCUCUAAGAGGAGCCAUGGCGCUCGCCUCGCCCAUCCACCGCCCCACCCUUCGAACCCCUCUCCGCUUCGACCCUUCUCCUCGCCGAGCGCGCUCUCUCUACUCCCUAUCCCGCUCUCUCUUCGCCGCCGCCGCCGCCGCCGCCGCCACCACCACCUCCUCCUCAUCUUCCUCUUUAGCUCGCUGUCGCCGCGGGGAUUCGUUAAGGGUAUGGUGUGCGAAAGGGACGGAGAAGGAAGAUGUAUCAGUUACAGAAGAGUUGGAAACGUCUAGUACUCAGACACAUGAUAAAAUAGACAAUGACGGAAGGCUCACUUCAAAUUCUACUCCAGAUUCUGGACAAGAUGUAUCGACUCAUGUAGAAUCUUCUUUCAGAACUGUUGCAUUAUGGGUUUGUGCUGCUGUGACUUUUGGAAUUGCUAUUGGUCUCAAGGAUGGAGUAGGAAAGGCAUCUGAAUAUUUUGCAGGGUACCUUUUGGAGCAGAGCUUGUCCGUGGACAAUCUUUUUGUUUUUGUCCUGAUCUUUAGAUACUUCAAAGUGCCAAAGAUGUAUCAGAGCCGGGUGCUUACAUAUGGUAUAGCUGGAGCAGUCAUCUUUCGUGCAGUGAUGAUCUUGCUUGGUGCAGCCACUCUUCAGAGGUUUGAAGCGGUGAACUUGUUGCUGGCUUUGAUCCUUCUAUUCUCUUCCUACAAGCUGUUUUCUGCUGAAGAGGAUGAGACUGACCUUGCUGAUAAUUUUAUUGUGAAAACAUGCCAAAAGUUCAUUCCUGUUACUGCUUAUUAUGAUGGUCAUCGGUUCUUUACAACUCAAGAUGGGGCAUGGAAAGCUACACCUUUACUUCUAACACUUGCGGUGGUUGAGCUAAGUGACAUUGCUUUUGCUAUUGACUCAAUACCAGCAGUUUUUGGUGUCACAAGGGAUCCUUUCAUUGUAUUUUCUUCAAAUCUUUUUGCUAUUACAGGUCUGAGGUCGCUUUAUAUACUUAUUUCUGAGAGUAUGUCUGAGUUGGAGUAUCUACAGCCUGCUAUUGGCACAGUUUUGGGCUUCAUAGGGACUAAGAUGAUAUUCGAUUUUUUUGGUUAUCACAUACCAACGGAGAUAUCGCUGGGUUUUGUCGCCGCGUGUCUCAGUGCAGGAGUGGUGUUGAGCAUCACAAAGAAAUCUGAAUGAUGGAGAUACAAGAAGAGCAACUUAACGAGUAAGAAGGUGUAAAAAAAAAAAACAACUUACUCUAUGGUACAGAAACUGAUGCAGCUCAUGGUGCUUCUUAAACAUUCGAUUUUCACAUUUCGUUGAGAAUGCUGUUCUUUUUUAUUUUCUUUUCCUUAAUCUUUUACUUUUCUCUUGUUCUAUAAUUUGUGGCUCGUCCCUCUAUCCUUUGUCCUCUCCAGAUUCAGGUCUAAGCAGAACAUCGUAUGCAUUUCUUCUUCUAUUUUUUCGCUUUCUUUGGGAAAUAAUAGAGCUUUUGACCUCAUUUUUCUCCUCUUUGGACAGGUAAUUUAAACAGUGAUUUUGAGCAAGAAUAAAGUGUUCACUGUUCAGCAGACAAAUCUCCUACAUUGUUUCUCUACCUGGAACCAGAAGCUCUGCUAGAAGAAAAACAUUUCUUCUUGUUCACAGCUGGCAUUUGCUCAUAUUAUGGAAUGGGAAUUGAUAUAUAUUCUACUGUUUCACGUUGCUCUAUAAAAAGAACAUCCAACUUGCUCAGAAAUACCCCGAAGGCCAAGCACGAGAAAGAAGGAAAGCAAUAAAAAAUCAGUGAUAGUAAGCUGCAUUUCAAGUAAAAAGGACACUUAAUGACAUCAGAUUCCAUCUAAAAAGGACUCUAGUCAUAAGCUGCAUAGUCAAUUGCUUCUAACUUUUUCGAGCUUUUUGUAUUCUUUUUUUUUUUAAUUUUUUUGGAACCUUCCGUGUGCUUAAUAGUGCAGCAUUGCCAUGUAACUUUCAUUCUGAUGAUAUGUACGCAAGAGCUGAAUCUGUGAUUCUGCAUAGCUAAGUUGAUUGCUUCUUAAAGAAAUGCUUGUGCUUGUAGGGCAUUGAAUACCA